AUGCUGGAGUACUUCACAAUAAAGAAGAUUAAGAAGGUCAGGGAUGAGAAGAAGGCCCAACACGGUCAAGAGAGUGGCCCAGGUGGGGCCGGCAAGCAGAAGGAAUCCCAUGCUCCGGAAGCAUCUGGGAGCUCUCACUCCCAACCAGCUCCCGGGGACCCGAUUCUUGACCGUUCCGACGAAGCAUUCCUGCGAAGCUUAUUGUCUGACGAUGGGUCCGAAGAUGGUCCUGCGCCGCCUCUGCCACCUCGGGUCCCCGUCCCUGAGAUUGACUGGCCAUCGGAUGAUGCAUCGUCAAUGAACAGGGAGAGGGCAAGCCAGGACGGCCAGAACGGCAAGGCAGGCAGCGACGGCAAGGGCAAAGCCGUUGAGGAGGAAAAGAAACCCAAUCGCCUAUCCCGCCUAUUCUCCAAGAGAUCAAAGCACGGUUCCCAUUUGAAGCCUGAGGAUGCCGCAUCAUUGUCAGAAGGGGAGCUGCAGAAGGAGAAGAAUGACUUGAGCAAUGUUCUCGACCGCCUGAACCUGUCAGCGAAGAACAACAAGGUCAUCAACCUCUCCAAUGACUCCGAGGAGCUCCUGGCCAAAUUCACACAGGUCUUCAAGGAUCUUGCAAAUGGCGUGCCAACUGCCUACGACGACCUCGUUAAGCUCUUCACCGACCGUGACGGCACCAUCUCAAAGUGCUUCGAGAAACUGCCCUCCGGGCUCCAGAAGCUUGUGAUGCAGUUGCCUGAAAAAGUCACAGGCAGCAUCGCGCCAGAGAUCCUGGCCGCGGCGGCCAAGAGCCAAGGGCUUGAGGCUUCCAUGGAAGGCGGUGUCAAGGCGGCCGCACAGAACCUCUUCGUGCCAAAGAACGUCUUGGAACUUGUCACGAAGCCAGGUGCCCUGGUGAGUAUGCUUAGGGCUAUCGUAUCAACCCUGCAGGCGCGCUGGCCGGCCUUUAUUGGUGUCAACGUGAUUUGGAGUGUCGCCUUGUUUUUACUGAUGUUCGUUCUGUGGUACUGCUACAAGCGUGGCAAGGAAGUCCGUCUGGAGAAGGAGAAGGAGGCCCAGGGAGUUGUUGAUGGUGCAGAUCGUAUCGAGGAGCUCCCAGACGACCCCCAGCUUCCAGCACCAGCUACUGGGACCCAGUCUCUGGCCGCAGACUCCGCGACCGGGUCAGGCACCAGAACAGCUGAAGCCUCGCGGCCAAAUGACCCAUCCCACGCCUAG